AAUUGAAGAAGAAAAUAGAAAACUGGAAGAACAGAAAAGGAUUGAAGAAGAAAAACGAAAGUUUGAAGAACAGCAGAAGCUUGAAGAAGAGAAAAGAAAGCUAGAAGAAGAUAAAAGGAUUGUAGAAGAAAAGCGACUUAAGGACCAGCAAGAGGCAAUUGAAGAAAAGAGACUAGAGGAGGAGAGAUUGCUGAAACAAAAGAAAGAUGAGGAAGAAAACAGAAAACAGGAAGAAGAGAAAAUCAAACAAGAAGAAAUACAGAAGGAGCUUGAAGCAAAACAGCAUGCUGAAAAGGAGCAACUUUCAGCUGAAGAAAAAGUGCACAAACAAAUGGAGGAGCAACGGAAUAAACGUAUUGAGGAGCAGAAAAGAAUAGAAGAACGACGACGUGAACAGGAACUAAGACGUGAAGAGCAAGAGAGGAAAAGAUACGAACAAAUGAGAGCAAGAGAAGAUCAGAAAAGAAAAGAAGCGCAGGAGAGAAAGGAGAAGCUUUUGAAAGAAAAACAGGAGCAAGAGCAGAAAAAGCAAAAUAUCCCCGAGUCCACCAAAGAUCCACAGCAGGAAAUUCCAAAGGUUUCUGAAACAGAAGAACAGAAAAUUUCUGAAGCAGAAGCUGAGUCCAACAAAGAUAGUUCAAAGGAAAAUGGUACUCCAGAUGUUGAUAUAAAACCUACCCAGGUGGAAAGUGCUCCACCAGGAAUGACAAUGAUUGAUGGUACUGCCUUCCCCUUGGAAGACUUUGAAGAGACUUUGGCCCCAUCUGUUGAUUUGAAAUCAAGCAAUAUUCCAGUUGCUACACCAAUUCUAAAAGAGGCUACAAUCACAUCACUGGCUAAACCAUCUGAGUCAAUCAAAGCAACCAAAGUUGAACCUUUCCAUGAAGAAACUGAACUUAAAGAAUCUGAGGUAUCCCCAGUUGAUACCAAUAUCAUGGCUACAGAAACUGACACAAUCGCAGUCAAUACGACUGACUCAGAUCCUCUUAAAGUGGAUUUACCAAACCUUGAUGACUUGGUAAAGGCUACACAGGCAGGUGUGAAAGACCCUUAUCAAACUGAGGAUUUUAUGUCCAGAAAACCACUUGAGAACACAAAUAAUCAAGCUGAACCAAAGACCAAUGAACCAAUGGAUUCCAGUGAAGAUAACAAAGAUUUAGAUAAUGUUAAACCUGAAGAGUCAAAAGAACCUGAUUCUGAUAAUCUUAAUGCUCCCGAUGGUAGUGUUGAGGGAAAUAAAGAAACAUCAGAUGAUGCAUCUAAUACUGCUGAUGAAGCGGCUACACCUGUAGAUGAAUCAAGCCCUAAGGUCCCCGAUGGCGAUGAUCUAAAAAAAGAAGAAGAAUCCGAGUCUGAAGACACUCAGAAAAAUGUAGAAACUCCAGAGACAUCAGACAAUAAAAGUGAUGAAGAUGAACCCAAGGAAAAUGAAGAAACUACUGCCCCAGAUGCCCCUGAAACUUCUGAUAAUAAAGAUGAUGGUUAUGAAUCUGAUAAGGAAGACAACUCCCAGAAAAACUUGGAACCCCCUAAAACUACUGACACUGUAGAAACAGUUGAAGACAUAGAGUCAAAGAGUGAGGAAAGUACCACAAGUGAAUAUGAGGAACCUGUUCCUCCUUUAACAGAGGAGACUGUCACUCCCCCAACCAUCUUAAAAGAAGGAGACCCAUUUGAAAAUGAUUCAGGAUUCCAAUCUCGUAAAAUACCUGAUGAGGCCCAGUUAGAAAAAGAUGAAAAUGAGUCAGAUUCUGCAGAAGUACUUGAAACUGUUGGAUCUGGAAUUCAUGCUGUUGAGGGUAUCAUGCAGCCCAUUGUGAAUCUGCUACCAGCUUCUAUGCAAGGUGUCCUGGGACUACCUCCCCUGCGCUCUGCCUUGUUCCUACUCAUCGUCCUCAUCUCAUCAGUUGUGUAUACUUUCUGUACAUGUGGCUCAAAGAAAAAAGGACCAGAUCCAUUGGCGGAAGCUCGUAAGUUUGAAGAGAAGUUGUAUCAAACAACGAAGAUGAAUGAGGCCUUAGAAGAAGACAACACAGUUAUGAAGCAACAGCUUAUAGAGUAUGAAAGACUGAGCAAGCCGAUGCAGGAGAAAGUGGAGAAGUCGAAGGAGAGAGAGGGGAAGAUGAGGAAAGAAAUAGACACUCUGAAAGUGCAAAACAAAGACUUGACAGAUUCAAUGGGUCAGUACCAGGAGCAACUGAACACCUAUGCUCAGACCAUCAACCAAUGGGAGGUCGCCUACAAGGCAAAGGAUGCUGAACUCACGUCAGAGAAGGAGCAGAUGGUCCAACUUCAAGAACAUGCUACUGCCUUGGAAACUCAAGUUCAAGAGAUGAAGGAUUCCAUGAAUGAGAGUGAAAGCACAGAAGAUAGUCUCAAAUCACAGAUUGUCAACCUAAAGGAAGAAAUCAACCAAGUCCAGAAGACAAAAUCUCAACUUUUAGACGAACAGGAAGAUUGGAAAGAAAAACUUAAAGAUCUAGAGGAGCAGUGUGAUCAGAAAGAUGCUGAUAUAAAAACAGUUCAAGAAACUAUUUCAUACAAGGAUAAUGAAAUUGAGGUUUUGAAGGAUUGUUUUGUUCAGUUGAAAGCUUUACAUGAAGACAAAGAUGCAGCUGAGGAAGAAAACGAAGAGGAGGCUGAAAAACCAAAGGUUGAUAUCCAUGAGAAGAUCCAGUCAAUGGUGGAUGUAUCCAGGAUCCAAGCAAGAUUAAAUGUUGUACAGGAAGACAGGGACCACCUCAGUAGUCAGUUGAGAAUUGAAAGGGAAUCGAGGUCUGAAUUGGAAGAUAAGGUUGAGAAGCUGAAAACAGAGUUGGAAACACUCAAGGAAGGUCACCAGUCAGCUGAGAAGUCAGCAGAAGAAGCUCAAACAAAACUACAAGUAUUAAACAGCUAUUUUAAAGAAAAGGAAAUUGCAUUACAAAGGGAGCUUGGAGAACAGGAGGCAUUGCGUAAGAGAACUGAAGGGACAUUGUCCAGUAUAGAGAAACAGAAAUCUGAUGCUGUUGAGGAACACGAUAAUGUCAGGUUAAUGCUUGAGAGUAUAAGAAAGGAGAUGGAGGAGUCAGAAAGACAUUAUAAACAGCAGAUAGCGCAACAAGAGAAACGAGCUCAUGAAAACUGGAUUGAGCAAAGAAAGAAGGAGAGAGAACUUAAAGAAGAAAAAGAAAACAAUGCAGUGCUCAGACAGAAAUUGUUAGAAACUGAACGCAAGCUAGACCAGACAUCCCGUGAGGGGCUAAUCAGACCUUUACCCAGGAGAGAUCUACCCCCAUUGUUGAAUGGGCCCCCGCCCCUAGAUAGACCAGGCUCCAGAGUGUCAGGAAUGGUGUCACCUAACUCAUUACGGGAUGAAGAUAUGGAUCCUCUACCACCCCCAAUAGACAGAAGAUUCCCCCCUCCGCUGCCACCCCCACACAUGCGGUCCCUCCCCCCAUUAGGACCCCCACCACCACUUGGACGCAGGUCUCCCCCUAUGGACUUUGACCCUAGAAGGUCUCCUCCCGAUUUUGACCGCAGAUCUCCACCAUUAGAUUUCCGAGGACCUCCAGAUUUCCGUGGAGCUCCACCCCCAUUGAGAGGCCUCCCCCCAAGGAUGGGAGCGCCAUAUGGAGCACCUCCCCCUGGAUCAUAUGGUCUCCCACCCCCCAGGAGAGAUAUGAGAGAAUUCCCAGGGGAACGUACACAUUCUAGACAAGGUACUGGUCAAUUUAUGGAACCCGUAGGUAGUUCAUCCCCGUUUGAUUCUCGUCCUUCCCCUCAUCCCCGGGAUUCUGGGCCCCCACCCCCAGGACAGCAGCAGUACCCCCGGGAAGGAUCAGCUCCACCCCCAGAACGAACUUCUUUUGUGUAAUGCAGAUUAUUGUUGUGCGGAGUAAUAUAUCAUUUAAGAACUAUAUUCAUCUGUGUUAUGAGGAUGCAGUAUUGUGCUCAGGGUGUUGUUAAACAAAUGAAUCAGAGUUUAGGUAUUGUAAAUUGAUCGUUUUAAUAUAACAGCAAAACCUGUAUCUUAGUGAACAGUGCAUGAUUGCAUUCAAUGCACAGUAAAUGCUUUCAUAAGAAAUGUUAUUGCAGUGUGAACUAUUCUGGGAAUGGAAUUGUUAUGUUGUUAAGCUAUAGACAUAUUUUACUGUGAUUAUGAUGUAAAUGAUGAUGUCAAAAAAUCACAUCCCCUUGGAAACACAUUGAAACACUAUUUAUUGAUUGUGGUACGUUUUUUGUUUGUUUUAAAUGAGGAUCUGUAAAGUAGUCAAGGUAGGUUACCAUAAUGUGGAAAAAUGCCCAAACCAUGGC